AAUCACCAAUUAAGUAUUUUAUUAUAUUUCAUGCGAGAGUUUAACUUUCACCACGCUGCAUGUUCUUGACUCCCCGCUCUAUAGCAACUCGUAAUUUUCGGCCCAUAGUUGGACGAGCAGUUGCGUUUGUGUUGUUGCUUGCGCUACUUGCCAUCGAAGAAGAUUGUAUCGCUGAAGCCAUCUCUUAAAAUUGCUGACAGUAACCGGAUCCAGGGUACGAGUCACAUAAGAAUCUGAAUAAAAACGCCGCUCGUAUUCCUCGUUUGCAUUGAAAUAAUAUUUGCCUUAAUGUGUUUGCCAAGACAUCUGUCACUCAAAUUUAAUUCCUUGCAAACUGUUGUUUCGUGUCAUUUCUUUAAUUCUGUUCAUCAGUGCAUAGAGUUAAUUCAGUGGAAUAAGCUGACUUAAAUUUCAAACAAUUUGGAGAGCGAGUGUUCGCGUGACAAAUAUCGGCACAAAUGAUCUCCGUUUCAAAUUAGUACGCUCCAUUAAAAGGGAGAGCAUUAAUUAAGUUUGUACAACAUUCGUUUAGACAUAGGGUGGCAUGGAUAAAAGUGAGUCUAGAAGUACACAGCCGGAGACGUAUGGCUGCAUCGCAAGCAAGUUGAGAUGCCCAAAAGCCACUAAGCCCCGUAGUUUUAUUUUUCCUACGUACGUUAUGAAUUAAUAACCGAAGCUGACAAUCAUCAGUGAAUCCCUAGCAGAUCGGAUGCCAAAAAGGUCGAAUACACAUUUAAACAGGCGCCCGUUUAAAAUUGGUUUGAGUUGUUGUUACAUGAUAGCGGUCCGGGAGGCAGGCAGGUGUUGCCAGCGAUAGGUAAAUUCAGCUAUUGCUAAUAAAUGCAAAAGGGGAGACAAACAUUCAUCACCAGUGACAAGCUAAGCCUGAGCAGCUUCUUAAAUCGUUUUGACUGUAGCGUGAAAUUGUUCCAGUUGACUGGUGUGGUUUCUAACUUAGGCGAGAAAAGGUAUUUAAGAGCUCUUUUUAUAUUCAGCGUUAAUAUUAUGUUGUGAUGAAUUUCAAUUGUCUCCUUCGUUUUCCUUCUUUGUACUUGUGUAUACUCGAGUUCUACAUGAAUCGAAACAUCUUUUUCUGUCUUAAUUUUUUUUUUGCCAUUUAACGCUUACUGAUUUUUUCUUUCAAGACAAAGUAAUAAUCCGAAGAGAGUUUCUUGUGCCCGGUCUUCAAAUGCCCUUGCUCUGCUGAUAUGGGAAGAAUCGCUGCUAAGUCGCUGCCAAUGGUUGUUGAAUAUUUAACUUAACUGUUCCAGGUUUCAUCACAAAUUUCACGGCAAACUUUCUGAACGAAAUUUAUUCGAAUAAUCAAGAAGAAAUCGUCACCGGCCUUUGGAAUAUUCCUGUUCAAUAAAUGACUAAUUCAACCACAAAGCCUUAAUUUCAGCGACUAAAACGUUUUCAAAAGAACUGUUAUGAUAUACUAAGGCGUUUUCCAUUACGUUAAUUUAUGAGGUGAUAAUUUACAUAUUUUUAUUUGUUUACUUGAAUAUUUAUAUUUGAAGUUUUUUAACAAGUUCCCGAUAAAAAGAUUAGCAAGCCCAUAGUUAAUUGAGGGAAAAAGCUAUGACGCACAGAAACAUUACAAAAUAGCAAACAAAGAUGCUAAGAUUAGAUGGAAGGUCCACGACCAUGCAGAAUCGUUUGUUUCGCGCUCAUACAUGUACUGUGCAUGAAUUACAUAACCGAAAUGUUUCGGUGGGUUAGUUCCUCAGUCAGUAGUAAAAAAAAAAAAAGAAACCUUCUGCCGUAUCUACAAAUUAAAGUAUUAACGCUAUCGUAUUGAAAUUGUAUAUGCUGACGUGAAAAUGAAAAGAAGCAAAGAGCACCAUUGUGGUAAAAGAAAGGAAAACAAAACAAAAAAGAAAAAAAAAAUGAUUGCAAAAAAUGAUUGGUAUUCCGUAAAGGCAGUGAAAGAGCUUUUCUAACAAAAUUGAAUUUUCAAAAAACAGGCGUAACCUCGUAAUCAAGAGGUGAACUUGUACAGUGUGCUUGUCUGUUGACAAGCCACCUUUGCCAUGCGACUUCUUCUCAUAAUUACUGCAUUAAGCUGCUUAAUUUCCCCCUCUAUUCCAAGUCUGCACCCUAGCUUCCGAUUGCAUCAGUGGCCGUCUAUGAGCUUUCAGGUUUCUUUUCUAAACUCCAGAAGACGUGUACUAUACGCCAAACUCAAGCGGCAUGCUUGCGCCAGGCGCGCAUUCUCAUCAAACCAUAGAGACCGACAAAGAGACUGAAAUAGUUCAUGGGAGGCUAAGCCCGCACACUGAAGAGUUUUGGAGUAUUUUCAGGAAAGAGCUAUACUCUGCGCCACAUAAGUUAGAAAUUAGCUGUUAAUAACUGAUCAAUCAUGCUUGUAAAAUAUUAUGCUUGUAAAAUAUGGACUGGACUGGAUUCCAAAAUAUAGAUUGGUUUGUAAAACGUGGAUUGGUAAAAGGUACAAGCCUGGUCACAAGUGUUGGGACAGUUUAUGGCAGAUGACUUCACAGGCAGCCUCUCUUUAGACCAAGACCGCGUAAGCUCGCCUACCCCUCUUCCCCUGUCAAUGUUGAUAAAAAUCUUGAAAACAACAACAACAAAAAACCUUGGUAAUAGCUUCCGAAUAGCCACGUUUCAAGGAUUGUUUGCUUCCUAGAACAGUCUUCUCCAACUAAAGUGACGAUAACAUAGAUAUUCACGUCUUAUUCCAAUAAUUACGAUUUUUCAGCAAUCACGUUCGCUUCCAACGCAACUGUCUAGCCACAUUCUAUUUUCCCUUUUUCUUUUUUGACCACAUCCGAUCUACUCUUCAGAAUAGCUUCAUUUUCUUUCAACAUUGCUCAGGGGGAGGGGUCUAUUAUACUUGCUGCUAUUCAUCUUUUCCUAAAACGUCAAGGACGUAGUUAAAAUCGUGGGGUUUUGCGCGCAAAAGUGGAGGUGUCCCAACAACUUAUGGCCAUGAUUGUAAAUAUGUAAAAGAUGGAUAGAUGGAUUCAUUCAUUCACUUAUCUUCCUUCCAUGAUCAGGCAGCUUUCCCCCUUCCACCUGUAGGAUGUUUCGUGUUGGUCUACAUGAUGUAGCACAGAUAUUGCAUAUUUUUAGCUCUCUUGAAUAAUUUAAGGGGCGCGAGAAAACGGGUUGGAUUAUUACACGUGUUUCGUUGUUGUUUUAUCCGUGUCUGUCAUGUCGUAUCUAGGUCGGGGAUUCUACACUACCCACCAAAACAAAAGCUCCAACCCUCACUUUGUUUAUGAAUAAUGAAUGAGCUUCUUAAAUAAAGAGACUACCUGACAUCACUUCAGCAAAUUACAUUAUUCGGUCAAGGCCUUUAUGGGAUAAUCUCAAACUGAGAUCUUGUAGUACUUUGAGAUUAUCCCGUGAAGACCGAAAUGUCGAGGUUAAUUAAUUUUUUAUUACAUGACUUUUUGCUUUUCUUUUGCAGGCGCGCGUUAUGUCGACUACAAACACAAUCCAUAUAAUAACAAACUUUGUUAGACCCGGGUGAGAAUAAAGUCAGACAUAAAAAAUUUUACGGAAAUCCGUAAUUCAUCUAUUUUUCCUGAAAAUUUACUGGAGCUCGAGCAAACACUCGAGAUCGUAGCGGCACAUUCUGAAUCAAGAGAAACUGAAGGUUUUCUAUCGAGGAAACCGAUUGUUAAAGGACCAAUGUACAACUGACAAAGGGCAAAAAUUUUAACAGAAAACUGACAGAUAGCCUCAAAUUUAAUAUUGCGCGAUAAUCGGCCAAUUUGAUAACUGCAGAUUCUAAAGGUUAAAUUCUGAGGUUAAGGGGAAAAAAACUAAAGAAAUCACAUUGAGUCAAGGAAUGAAUGGACGAUUUCUGUUGGUUUAUUCCUUUACGCCCUGGCGCCAAGGUAGAAUUUUAAUGUAUAUCGCAAUUGGCCUAUUGACUAAGUGGCAGACAAACAAAUAAACUGAGUCAAACAUAUGCCAUUUUGUUUGUUUAUACCGGCAGUCCGUUUUACAAAUCCACGUUUUACAAAUCCGCGUCUUACAAAUCCACGAUUUACAAAUCCUACUCUUACAAAUCCAUGUUUCACAAAUCCAGUCCAAUCCAGAUUUUUAAAAACGGGUGCUUGGGAACAAUGUGUUACGGCAAAUCAUUGAAACUCAAUCCAAAAUCGAUGAAGGUUGACGGAAUAAUCUUUAGGCAGCAAAAACAUUUCACUGCGAUAAUGAGACGUUGAAGUUCGUUUCCAAGCGAAGCUCUCGCAUCGUUAAACAACAAUUGUGAUGUCAAUCACAUCAAAACUUGAGAUCUAAACCAGUGGUAUAUUUUAAGUCGAGGAGGUCCGUGGAAAUCAACGCUGCUUUAUCACGACGUGAGACAAGAGCCAGCUGAAUAAUCAGCCUCACCUCUAAUGACUUGUGAGCCUCUUGUUCAAAGGUUGGGUUCCUUCAACGGGGCUGAUCGCCAAGGAAAACUUAACACAAAAUAAAAGAUGGAAUCCCCCGCAACAAUCAUAUUUACCGUCAUAUACGUCAUCACCAUGAUUGCUUCCCUGUCUGGAAACAUUCUUCUAAUCUACAUCGUGUGGAAGAAACCGGAGGCAAGAUCCCUGACCAGUUUCAUGUUUGUCAAUAAUGCUGUGGCGGAUUUACUGGUCACCUUGGUUGUGAUACCUUACACUAUUUCCGGUUUUUAUAUGGACGGCGUGUGGCCACUGACCGGUGUCAUUGGAGAAAUCACGUGUAGAGCGGUAAUAUACAUCGCUUUCUUCACAAUAAGCACGUCCAUUCUUUGCCUGACAUUUAUGGCGGUUGACAGAUUUUAUGCAGUGGUUUAUCCAUUCCGACGCCUUCUUUGGUUCCGAAAACCCAAAGUCCUUACACCAGUCGUCUGGCUCUUGUCAAUGGCGUUGAUGUCUAUCGUUCCGGUUUUUAUAGUUUUGGAAUGGGAUUCUAAAAAGUCGGAAUAUAUGUGCAAAGCAAAGUUUUCCAUUUUGGGAGAAACAUCGAAAGUCAUUCGUGGGGUUUACAUUUACUUUUUCGUCAUCAACUAUUUGCUGCCUGUAAGUAUCAUUUCCGUCCUCUACGCCAUUACUGCUCGUAAGUUGUGGUCCCACAAGACACCAGGAGAUGGUCUCAUUCGAAAUCACCAACGACAGCAACAGACCAAGAGAAGGGUUGUCCGAAUGCUCAUCAUCGUUUUCACAGCGUUUGCUUUCUGUUGGCUUCCCGGGCAGGUGUCUCAGCUGUACUUAGCAGUAACAACCAAAGAUUUACCAAUUGUCCAGACAGUCUGCUAUUGGUUUGGCUACAACAACAGCGCCAUUAACCCAUGGUUGUACAUUAGCUUGAACAGCAAGAUCCAUCGUCAAUUCACCUCAAUGAUGAGCAAGAAGUCGAAGCGAUAUAAAACUCGUGCUUCAAAAACUGAGGAUAAAGAGAUAUCUACUAAGACGAAGAAUGAGACAUGCUUGUAACUAUAUAAAAAAAGUUGUUUAAGACGCUCAAAGGAUGUUACUAAUAUGUCUGUGUUUUUCUCAGACGUCAUCAACUCUCUGUUUCACACUUACGUAUAAAGCAGCAAAAAGAGAAUCACCGAUUGUUAUAAACUUAAUCAUUGGAUUUGAAAAUAACAUUGAUUAUUAAAAACUAGGAAAUUGAUUAUGCAAUUUAAGAGAUUUCAUUGGCUUAGCCAUCAUGGUAUCAGCAAUUAUACCGUGCUCUUCAAAUAUGGUAAGCGCACGCGUUUUUUUUUGUUUUAGUUUCAUUUGAUUUCAAAAGAACAACUAGCUUUAUUUGCAUGACCAUAAAUACAGU